CCUGUCCUGAACCUAACCCUCUCAGAAUGCGCGUCCAAUCAAGUCGCUGCUCGGAACGUGGGCUCGGGGCGUGAACUAUUUCUUCCUUUUCCACGCCCAGCAUUCAAGCAGCUCCCUGUGAAUAACACUCUGCAUCCCCUCCCAGUUGAUUCAUUCAGAAUGUGUGCUUUGAGACUGGCUACCAGAUCCCUUCUCCGCGCGAGACCCGCCGCUGCCUCGCUCAGAGGAGCCGUCCGCACCUACGCCGACGUUCCUGCCGACAAGAUCCGUCUCAGCUUGACCCUUCCCCACCAGAUCAUCUACGAGGGCGUUGACGUUGUCCAAGUCAACAUCCCCGCUGUCACCGGUGAUUUGGGUGUUUUGGCCAGCCAUGUUCCCACCAUCGAGGAGCUCCGACCGGGUGUCAUCGAUAUCGUCGAGGACGGUGGUGCCACCAAGCAGUACUUUGUCUCUGGAGGUUUCGCUACAGUCCAGCCCGGCUCGGUGUUGAGUAUCAACGCCGUCGAGGCUUACCCCGUUGAGGACUUCAGCGCUGAGGCCAUCCGUGCCCAGCUCGCUGAGGCCCAGAAGAACUCGACCUCAGGAAGCGAGAUCGACCAGGUCGAGGCGAAGAUCGAGUUGGAGGUUUUGGAGGCGUUGUCGGCGGUUGCCAAAUAAGUUGCUCAUCCAUAAUGUUUUCACAAAUGCUUUCUUGUAUUAGAACUGGCAGGAAUGGUGUUAUACUUCUACACGCGUAUAAAGAAAAAAUCUUUUGAUAUAAUCAAACGAGUCUUUUGGGGGUAUAUUCCUUCGAGGGUUAUUGCAUCUAUGCUUAAAAUUGAACCACAAAAUAGUCUAAAAAUGUCGAAUUAUCGAUGGAUCUUUGUUAUAUGUAGAUCUAGUGAGAUUUUUGUAGAGCUCGAACAAUAAUCUUUGUAGAUGAGCUGUGGAUGAGUGAGUAAUAGUCG